CACGAAUAUCAAACACGAAUAUCAAACGAAACUUCGGAUUGGAGCCGCUGUCAGGACACAGUCUUGGUGACCCGCCCCUAACAAGUGGAAACCGUCCAAUCACUGCAGCCGAAGGAAGAGAGAGGCUCCGGGCUCUGUGAUUUGGCUGAAACAGCUUCCUGUAACCCUGUCUUUUCAAUGCAAUUGGAAGUACAGAGAAUGGUGCCUUCUGCAGUUCCUUCUGCGAUUGGAAGAAAAUAUUGCAACAAUUUCAGGAAUAUUCUGAAGAUGCCUAAAUAAUAAUAAUAAUAAUACAUAUAUAUAUCAAGUUUCCUUAAAGCCCUUUGGUUGCCUGUAAUAUUACAUAGUGUACACAUUUCCUGAUGCCCCUGAUUACCUUGCAAAACACUCCCCUCUAGUGGUCUCUAAGCAGAUAGCGCAGUGUGAUACCCCUGAUUACCUUGCAAAACACUCCCCUCUAGUGGUUUCUAAGCAGAUAGCGCAGUGUGAUACCCCUGAUUACCUUGCAAAACACUCCCCUCUAGUGGUUUCUAAGCAGAUAGCGCAGUGUCUUUGAUACCCCUGAUUACCUUGCAAAACACUCCCCUCUAGUGGUCUCUAAGCAGAUAGCGCAGUGUCUUUGAUACACUGAUUACCUUGCAAAACACUCCCCUCUAGUGGUCUCUAAGCAGAUAGCGCAGUGUCUUUGAUACACUGAUUACCUUGCAAAACACUCCCCUCUAGUGGUCUCUAAGCAGAUAGCGCUGUGCGCCCUGAGCCCUGUCUGGUUCUCGGCAGCGCCGCCCCCUGGCGGGUAUGGGAGGGGCGGUGGGGGCCGCGCUGGUCUGGCUGCAGGACACGCUGACCCAGUCCCUGAGCCGGGCCCGGCGCACCCUGCUGCAGGCGGCCGUGCUGCUGUGUGUGCUGGUGCUGCUGCUCUGGGUCGCCGUCUUUCUCUACGGCAGCUUCUACUACUCCUACAUGCCCACGGUGAGCCACGUGAGCCCGGUCCACUACUCGUACAGGACAGACUGUGACUCCUCCAGUGUGGAUCUCUGCUCCUUCCCGUUUGCCAACGUCUCCCUGAUCAAGAACGGACGAGACAAGGUGAUGAUCUAUGGCCAGCCCUAUCGGAUCUCCCUGGAGAUGGAAAUGCCGGAGUCUCCGGUGAAUCAGGAGCUGGGAAUGUUCCUGAUCCGAAUGUCCUGCUACACCCACGGGGGCCGGACCAUCUCCACCACGGCCCGCUCCGCUAUGCUUCACUACAAGUCCUCGUUGCUGCAGUCUCUCGACACUCUUGUGUUCUCUCCUCUCCUCCUCUCCGGGGUCUCGGAGCAGAAGCAGCUGGUUGAGGUGGAGCUGUACGAAGACUACCGGGAGAACUCGUAUGUUCCCACCGUCGGAGCUUUGAUUGAGAUUCAGUCUCGUCGGGCUCAGCUCUACGCUGCUCGGCUCCGGAUUCACGCGCACUUCACUGGGAUCAGGUAUCUCCUCUAUAACUUCCCCAUGACCUCGGCAGUGAUCGGAGUUGCCAGUAACUUUGCCUUCCUGAGCGUCAUCGUGCUGUUCAGCUACCUGCAGUUCAUCUGGGGCGGGGUCUGGCCUCAGGAUCCAAUCAGAGUGCAGGUGAAUCUGGGCGCUGGAACUCGACUUCAGCAGAGGAGGGAGGAGGCGAGGCGACGGAUCGGAGCGCAGAGAGCUCCGGCUCCCGCCCCCGAGACGACGGGAGUGGCUAGCGCAGGUGAUGAUGUCACCACUGAAAGACCCGCACGGGGGAAAGAGGAACUGGAGGGGGAGGAGCCUGGUGAGGGGGAGGAGCCUGGUGAGGGGGAGGAGCCUCUGGAGACCAUUGGCUCUCUGAACGAGCAGGUGGACCUGCCAUAUAAUGAGACAGACUCCUCAGCUCUUGAUUCGUCGACGGAGGAGGCGCCCGUCCUUCUGGACGCGAGCUCAUUGGAGGAGGAGGGGCCCGGGGGCGUGGCCGAGGCUGCCGCCAUGGAGACGGAGCUGAGACAGCGACAUGGGGGCUGCAUGAGCUUCUAAACUGGAGCGAGGCCACGAGGAGCCACGCUGGACCACGCGCCGCGCUCCCACUCUGAACAGAAGAGUUUCCUUGCCUCUUAUAAGCACUAGCAGAAUAGCACUGAGACCCCUUUAAAACAAGUCUUUAAAAUCCAUUCUCUCACCUCUUAUUAGCUUUAUUAACAGGAUCACUGGCCCCUCCCUUUAAAGGAGCGCUGACCAUCUUUAAAAUCCAUUCUCUCACCUCUUAUUAGCUUUAUAAACAGGAUCACUGGCCCCUCCCUUUAAAGGAGCGCUGACCAUCUUUAAAAUCCAUUCUCUCACCUCUUAUUAGCUUUAUUAACAGGAUUGCUGGUCCCUCCCUUUAAAGGAGCGCUGACCAUCUUUAAAAUCCAUUCUCUCACCUCUUAUUAGCUUUAUAAACAGGAUCACUGGCCCCUCCCUUUAAAGGAGCGCUGACCAUCUUUAAAAUCCAUUCUCUCACCUCUUAUGAGCUUUAUUAACAGGAUCGCUGGUCCCUCCCUUUAAAGGAGCGCUGACCAUCUUUAAAAUCCAUUCUCUCACCUCUUAUUAGCUUUAUUAACAGGAUCGCUGGUCCCUCCCUUUAAAGGAGCGCUGACCAUCUUUAAAAUCCAUUCUCUCGCCUCUGGUAGUUAACAAUGCUUUGUGGAGCACCUUGCUGCCUUACCUAUCUGUCGCCACCAGGGGGCAAUGCAGCACCCUCCCCCCCCCCCCCCCCCACGCAUUGCCCAGCAAUCACCCUGGCUUGCAGUCUGCUAGACUGAACACGCCCUCACUAAACUGAGAGGCCAGCCACAGUUAUAAAAAGGGUUGGUUUGUUUUUUCGGGGGGGGUUCCUUACAUUCCCAAAAUUUGGGACCAAGCUGUGUUUUUUUUUUCGUUUUCUUUUGAGUGUCUUAAUUCUUUUAACCCGCAGCUCGCCCCCUCGCCUCGGAUGGUAUUUCUGGGGGGGAGGGGGGGGGGGGGGGGCAGAAUGGAAUCAUUUAUUAAUAUUUUUGUAUUUUUUAUUUUUCUAACUUAUUAACCCUGCGUUGCACUAACAGCACAGCUUACUGCUGAAUGCUAGGUGAGGCCAAACCAUCAUUAUUAUUAUUAUUAUUAUUAUUAUUAUUAUUAUUGUUAUUAUUAUUAUUAUUAUUAUUAUUAUUAUUGUUAGUGCUGUGGUUGCCUGCUAUCCCCUCUCUUAACCCUCUUUGUCUUUCACAGACGCUUUCUUUGCCCCUCGUGUUUCACGGCUCUGCCUUUUCAUCUCUCUCGUGGGUUUUGUUAGUAAUGUUACUUUCUGUAAUAAACACGGAAUUCAAUGCGAAAAAA